AUGUUGCUCAAGACUGUCGUCAGCGUUUUGCUCACAGCGGUCGCCUCGGCGUCGCAACACCACCAGCAUCAUAAUGCAAAGAGGAGCGAUGCAUCGUCAACGCCAACGGCAGCGUCCAGUUUUGACUCGGCCAAAGUAUCCUCGCAGCUACAAGUGCUUCUAGGCGGUAUGACUGUGUCGGCCCUCGUACCUAUCCCGACCGUUACACUUGGAAUUUCCAUUCCCGCCAAUCUCAGGAAUGAGAUCAUGACUGCGGUACCUGCCGACGUUAUUGUCAAGUUGAUGAACCCGACGUAUCGUGAGAGCGUAGCGUCCGACUUUGCCGCAGGCAACACUCCCAGCUGGUACCAAACGCUCGAUCCCGAACUCAAGACCUUCUUUGAAGGUAUAGCCAAGGAUAUCAAGACGGGCGACGCUGUAUUCACCGUCUCGUCGACGCCAACAGUCACGGGAUCAGGGUCUGCAGAGGCCACGGACGAUGCAGUCGCCUCGAGCUCCAGCUCUGGCAUGGCAGCUGCUCCCACGGGUAUUGGUAGGGAAAUGGCAGUGAGCGUCAUUGCUUUGGCUGGAGCGGCCGGUGUAGCUUUGAUACUAUAG